AUGAGAAUGCUUAAUCAAGAGGAAGAAGUUGACGCAGAAGUAACAUGGGAAGAUCAACAAAAGAUAAAUUCUUUUAGUAAAUUGAAUGCGAAAUAUUCUGAUCUUGAAGAAACUUAUAAUGCAAAAAAGCAAGAAAAAGAAUUUCUUGAUGAUCUAGCUAGUGAACUUGAAUUGGUGGAAGUAGGUGAACCUGUCAAAUAUAAAAUAGGAGAAUCAUUUAUUAACCUUCCGGUAGAACAAGCAAUAGAACGUAUAGAAAAGGAUCAAGAAAUCUUAACACAAGAAUUAGAACAACUCCAGCAUAAUAUGGAUGAUAUGAAUGGUCAAAUGCGUCAAUUAAAAGCUCAUUUGUAUGGUAAAUUUGGUAAAGCGAUUAAUUUAGAAAAGGAUUAA